GCGGCGGCCCGGCUGGGGGCAGCGAGCGGCCCGCGCCUCCCUCGACCCUAUGCGGUGACUCGCGCGGCGCAGGCGCCUCCUGCCCCGCCGGCGGGGCUCGGACUUCCCGCGGCGGGAUGUUCUCCCGAAGAAGCCACGGGGAUGUCAAGAAGUCAACGCAGAAGGUGCUGGACCCGAAGAAGGACGUGCUGACCCGCCUGAAGCACCUGCGGGCGCUGCUGGAUAAUGUGGAUGCAAGUGAUCUUAAGCAGUUUUUUGAGACCAACUAUUCUCAGAUAUAUUUCAUCUUCUAUGAAAAUUUUAUAACACUGGAAAAUAGUUUGAAAUUAAAAGGGAAUAACAAGUCACAAAGGGAGGAGCUGGACUCUAUCCUCUUUCUUUUUGAGAAAAUACUGCAAUUUCUACCUGAACGAAUUUUCUUUCGAUGGCAUUAUCAGAGUAUAGGCUCAACUUUAAAGAAGCUUCUACACACUGGAAAUUCUAUUAAGAUAAGAUGUGAAGGAAUCAGGCUGUUUCUUUUGUGGCUUCAAGCACUUCAGACAAACUGUGCAGAAGAACAGGUGCUGAUUUUUGCUUGCCUCGUUCCUGGUUUCCCAGCAGUCAUGUCAUCCAGGGGUCCCUGCACACUGGAGACACUCAUCAAUCCUAGCCCUAGUGUAGCUGAUGCAAAGAUAUAUCCAGAAGAAAUCACUCCACUCCUGCCAGCCAUAUCAGGGGAGAAGAUUGCUGAGGACCAAACCUGCUUUUUUCUUCAAAUACUGCUGAAGUAUAUGGUUAUUCAGGCUGCAAGCUUGGAGUGGAAGAAUAAGGAGAAUCAAGAUACUGGUUUUAAAUUUCUUUUUACAUUGUUUCGAAAGUAUUAUCUUCCUCAUUUAUUUCCAUCAUUUACUAAGUUAAACAUCUACAAACCUGUACUUGACAUCCCCCAUUUGAGACCAAAGCCAAUGUACAUUACUACAACUCGAGACAAUGAAAACAUUUACAGUACAAAAAUUCCAUACAUGGCAGCUCGUGUUGUUUUUAUUAAGUGGAUUGUAACUUUCUUCUUGGGAAAAAAGUAUCUAACUGCAACACAAAACAAUAAAAAUGGAGUUGAUGUGUUGCCUAAAAUCAUCCAGACUGCUGGUGGGAGUGCGGCGCAAGAAAAGGUGCCAGAGUUGGAUGGUGGUGGGCCCGCAGAGCAAGACAAAAACCAUUCUAACAGCAGCACCUUGUCCGAUCGAAGACUCAGCAACUCCAGCCUCUGUAGCAUUGAAGAAGAGCACCGAGUGGUAUAUGAAAUGGUGCAACGGAUUCUCUUGUCAACACGAGGUUAUGUCAAUUUUGUGCAUGAAGUAUUUCGCCAGGCAUUUUUGUUGCCUUCCUGUGAGAUAGCUGUAACAAGAAAAGUCCUUCAAGUGUACAAAAAGUGGAUCCUCCAGGACAAACCUGUGUUUAUGGAGGAACCAGAUAAAAAAGAUGCUGCCCAAGAAGGUGCUGAAAAAUUAGGAAUUUCAGAGACUGAUAGCAAGGAGGCCUCGUCUGGAAGUUCUGGUCAUAAGCGAUCUUCCAGUUGGGGACGCACGUAUUCCUUCACAAGUGCAGUGAGCAGAGGGUGUGUGACAGAGGAGGACAAUACGUACGUGAAAGCUGGGGCCCAGGCUCUGCUGCAGGUAUUUUUGACGAACGCUGCAAAUGUCUUUUUACUGGAACCAUGUGCUGAAGUUCCCAUGCUCUUGAAAGAACAAGUUGACGCUUGUAAAGCUGUUUUGAUUAUUUUUAGGCGCAUGAUAAUGGAGCUUACAAUGAAUAAAAAGACGUGGGAACAGAUGUUGCAAAUACUACUUAGGAUAACAGAAGCUGUCAUGCAGAAGCCAAAGGAUAAACAAAUAAAGGACUUGUUUGCACAGAACAUGGCAGGGUUACUAUUUAGGACGCUCAUUGUGGCUUGGAUCCGAGCCAACCUGUGUGUAUACAUUUCUCGAGAGCUCUGGGAUGACUUUCUUGGUGUGCUCUCGUCCCUCACGGAAUGGGAGGAACUCAUAAACGAGUGGGCCAACAUCAUGGACUCCUUGACGGCAGUGCUCGCAAGGACCGUCUAUGGAGUUGAGAUGACAAACCUUCCUCUGGAUAAAUUAAGUGAACAAAAGGAAAAGAAGCAGCGAGGCAAAGGCUGUGUUCUAGAGUCUCAGAAAGGAACCACUGUGGGAAGAUCCUUUUCUCUCAGCUGGCGGAGCCACCCAGAUGUGACAGAGCCAAUGCGAUUUAGGAGUGCCACCACAUCUGGAGCACCAGGAGUUGAGAAGGCAAGAAAUAUCGUUCGACAGAAAACAACCGCUAAGCGAAGCCAGUCUAUCAGCAACUGUGUCCACCUUUCCGAGGCUUUGCCUGCCACUAAAAGCGUCCCGCUCCUCCUUCACACCGUGAGCGCUCUCUUCCCUGGUCUCUCUUACUCUUGCUCUCACAGGCUGUCAGAAGUGGAAGAGUGUCAACAGUCAGAAAAUGCACCUAUAGCUGGAUCUGGUCACCUCAUGGUGGGACAGCAACAUCUGGUCCUUCGGAGCAGCAGCACAUCUGACAUCACUGAGCCAAUGUGCUCUGAUUCUUUUCAGGGUCAAAAGGUAGAAAAUGCACAGAAUUUGAGUUCUUCAGAGUCCAAGCCUGUUCAAGAGAAUAAAGGACAUGUGAAGGGAGAACUUGAAGGCAUAACAAUCUUAGUUCGAAGAAGCAGCAGCCCUACUGAAUUGGAUUUGAAAGAUGAUUUGCAGCAGAUGCAAGGAAAAUGUAGGGAAAGACAGAAGAGUGAAAGUACCAGCAGUGAUACAGCUUUAGGCUGUAACAAUGAGCUGGAGCUGUCUAUGAGCCCGUGGCAGACCUGUGAGGAAGACGCAGAACUGAAUACUCCCACAGAUGUUGUGGCUGACACUGAUGCCCGCCAUUGGUUACAACUGAGUCCCACUGAUGCUUCAAAUCUAACAGAUAGCAGUGACUGCCUUACAGAUGACUGUAGUAUAAUCGCUGGAGGAAACCUCACUGGUUGGCACCCAGACUCUGCUGCUGUGUUGUGGCGAAGAAUCUUGGGAAUCCUUGGAGAUGUGAAUAAUAUCCAGUCACCCAAGAUCCAUGCCAAAGUUUUUGGCUAUCUCUAUGAACUCUGGUACAAACUAGCAAAGAUACGGGAUAAUCUAGCAAUAAGCCUGGAUAACCAGUCUUCUCCGUCUCCUCCGGUCUUGAUCCCACCACUCAGAAUGUUUGCAUCAUGGUUAUUUAAGGCGACAACACUGCCAAAUGAAUAUAAGGAAGGCAAACUACAAGCCUACAGGCUGAUCUGUGCCAUGAUGACCAGACGCCAGGAUGUUCUGCCAAACUCAGAUUUCUUAGUGCAUUUUUACCUUGUGAUGCACCUGGGAUUAACCAGUGAAGAUCAGGAUGUCUUAAAUACCAUUAUAAGACACUGUCCACCUCGCUUUUUCUCCCUGGGUUUACCUGGCUUCUCAAUGCUGCUGGGAGACUUCAUCACAGCUGCUGCCAGGGUCCUCAGUGCAGACAUGGCGGCUCCUAGAUCAGAAGCUCUCACCAUCCUUGGAUCCCUUGUCUGCUUUCCAAAUACCUACCAGGAGAUCCCUCUGCUGCAGCCAGUGCCAGAAGUGAAUGAGAUUACAGGAAUUGAAGAUGUCAAACAUUACCUCAUAAAUAUUUUACUGAAGAAUGCCACAGAGGAACCAAAUGAAUGUGCAAGAUGCAUUGCCAUUUGCUCCCUCGGGAUCUGGAUAUGUGAAGAGCUUGUACAGUGCACGAGCCAUCCCCAGGUGAAAGAGGCCAUCAAUGUGAUAGGCGUAACUUUGAAGUUUUCUAACAAAAUGGUGGCUCAGGUAGCUUGUGAUGUUCUCCAACUGCUGGUUUCCUACUGGGAAAAGCUCCAGGUGUUUGAAACCUCUCUGCCUCAGAAGAUGGUGGAAAUCCUUGUGGCCACAAUUGCUUUUCUAUUACCCAGCGCAGAAUACUCCUCAGUGGAAACUGAUAAGAAGUUCAUCGUUUCCUUGCUCCUCUGCCUCUUGGACUGGUGCAUGGCGUUGCCAGUGAAUGCUCUUCUCCACCCUGUGUCCACAGCAGCUCUGGAGGACCAGCACGUGUCCAGAGCCCCCUUGCUGGAUUAUAUCUACAGGGUUCUGCACUGCUGCGUUUGUGGCUCGAGCACAUACACCCAACAGAGUCACUAUACACUGUCACUGGCUGACUUGUCCUCCACGGAUUACGACCCCUUCCUGCCACUGGCAAAUGUGAAGAGCUCUGAGCCAGUCCAGUAUCAUUCAUCAGCAGAACUGAGUAACCUGCUGACUGUUGAAGAGGAGAAGAAAAGAAGAAGUUUGGAGCUGAUCCCUCUGACUGCUCGCAUGGUGAUGGCCCACCUGGUAAACCACCUGGGCCACUACCCCCUCCACGGGGGCCCCGCCAUGCUGCACAGCCUGGUCAGUGAGAACCAUGACAAUGCUCAUGUGGAUGGCUCUGAGCUGUCCUCUGAGGUGUUCAGGAGCCCAAACCUGCAGCUGUUUGUAUUUAAUGAUAGCACCCUCAUUUCCUACCUUCAGACGCCCACAGAAGGACCAGCAGAUGGAUCCCCAGUGGCCACCCUCUCCGAUGUGAGAGUAAUCGUGAGGGAUAUCUCAGGGAAAUACUCUUGGGACGGUAAGGUUUUAUAUGGACCAUUGGAAGGCUGCUUAGCUCCCAGUGGAAAAAAUCCUUUAUUUCUGAUUUCGGGCUGGCAUCAUCACACAAGUGGACCUCAGAAAGCUUUUUCUCAAAUUGAAGAAGGAGAUGAUGUGCUCGACAAAUUACUUGAAAACAUUGGCCACACAAGUCCUGAAUGUCUUUUACCAUCACAGCUAAAUCUAAAUGAGCCUUCUCCUCCCCCACGUGGAAUGAACUGUGACCAAGAGAAGGAAAUCAUUGAGGUCAUUUUGCACCAGAGCACACAAGAAGACGAGUAUAUUCAGAGGUGUGACUCUGAUUCUGUAAUGAAAGUCACCAGCCAAGGGCAGCCCUUGCCAGUGGAGCCCCGGGGACCUUUUUAUUUCUGCAGAUUGUUGCUUGAUGAUUUGGGAAUGAAUUCUUGGGAUAGAAGGAAGAAUUUUCAUCUGUUGAAGAAAAAUUCAAAAUUAUUGAGAGAGCUAAAAAAUCUGGACUCCCGUCAGUGCCGUGAAACACACAAAAUCGCAGUGUUUUACAUUGCUGAAGGUCAAGAAGACAAGUGUUCAAUCCUCUCCAAUGAAAGAGGAAGCCAAGCUUACGAAGACUUUGUUGCCGGACUUGGGUGGGAGGUGGAUCUCUCUACCCACUGUGGGUUCAUGGGUGGCCUUCAGCGCAACGGCAGCACUGGGCAGACAGCCCCUUACUAUGCUACCUCGACUGUGGAAGUGAUUUUCCAUGUUUCCACUCGGAUGCCAUCAGACUCAGAUGAUUCACUCACCAAAAAGCUCCGUCACUUGGGGAAUGACGAGGUCCAUAUUGUCUGGUCUGAACACUCCAGGGACUACCGCAGGGGUAUCAUCCCAACUGCCUUUGGAGACGUGUCAAUCAUCAUUUACCCAAUGAAGAAUCACAUGUUCUUUAUCGCAAUAACAAAGAAACCUGAGGUUCCGUUUUUUGGGCCUCUGUUCAAUGGAGCCAUAGUGAAUGGCAAGCUGUUGCCAAGCCUUAUAUGUGCCACGUGCAUCAACGCCAGCAGGGCCGUAAAGUGCCUCAUCCCACUCUACCAGAGCUUCUACGAAGAGCGAGCUCAAUAUCUUGAAGCAAUAAUUCAGAACCACCGCGAAGUAAUGACAUUUGAGGAUUUCGCAGCCCAAGUCUUUUCUCCCUCUCCCAGCUACUCCCUCAGCGGAACGGCCCCUCAGGCAUCAUGUGUCUCUAGAGUCUUCCCAUCCCUCAUCUCCAAGCACAGUCUCUCUUCUGGUGCCUUCCAACACUGCCCAGAUUAAAAUAUGUAAAGAUCUCAGUACAAUAUUUGAUCAAGGGGCCCUGGCCUCCAGCCUGAGGGCCAUUGUGAGGAGCUCCUUGGUGUGGAAGAGACGGAUGAGACUCCCCACCCCUUCCCAGAGCCCCUAAACCCAGAGACACUGGGAAAUGCUGUCGCUGUGCUAGUGUCCUCAGCCAGUCCUCCCGUGAAUGGACUUCUGAAGUCAAAGGGGAAUCCCACCAAUGUUCAGGUGGAACUUUCCAACUGGGCAGUGUCAUCUGGUCCUGAAGCCUCACAAACCUUGCACUUCCAAAGAAGAAAAGAAAAAGUCACCAACAACCAGAGACAAGCCUGCUGUUGCACAGGCACUGACGUGGCUGCUCCACAGAGCACAGCAAGACAAGAUUCUGGGCUUUCAGGGAGGGGACAGAGGGCAGUAGGUUUCUGUACCCCAUGUUGUUUUCUUUCAUUUAUAAACCUAAGCAUGACUCACA